UGUAAGAACAAUAUUUUCCUCAUUGUUAUAACGGAAGUGAAUUUUUCCCGUAAUAUUUUAACUUCCUGUGAAAAAAAAAACAAAAUUCUGCAAAAAUAUGCGCCGCUCGCAACGUCUUAUGAAGAAAAAAGAAAUUACUGACAAACCUACUGACCUUGUGUAUGGUAGCACUCCCGGUUAUGAUAAAGCUAAUAUGGAUAUUAAAAUACAAAGAGAUAAUGAAGAUAACGGAAGUGUCACGAAUGAGACAAAAUUUAACCGAUUACCUACACCAGUGGGUAAGGUUUACAGCUCAGAGUUAUCUAACGAUAUUACAAGUCAUAAGUUUGUGAGUACAGGGAUUGUAGGGGCGAUUCCAAUAAACACACAGAAAAAUAAUCCUAUAUCUAAACAGAGGAACCAAAAACGAGGUCAUCGAUCAGCAGCGGCGGUUGCAUCAACUGCUAGUAAAGGAAGAAAAAAGCGCAUAACACAGAAAAAAACCCCUGGACAAAGAAAAAGUUCAUUGGCUGCUGCCACGGAGAACAAUGAAAUAAAAGCUCCCACCAUAUCUAUCGACAGUUAUUUGAACCCAUUAAGAGACCCAUUAAUUCGAACUGAAGUAACAGCUAGGCCGAUGGAAAGUAAAUCUUUAUAUUCUUGCAAUAAAGGAAUUCCUACAAUGAGCAUCCAAUCAAACACAUAUUCUCUAUUACCUCCAAUUUAUCCCACUCAUUUCACUAAUCAAAACUUUGAUGACAAAUUAAAUAAUCCAACAUCACAAUGGAAACCUGCUUCCGUUUAUAAUAAGAACGUAUUACCAGAAACCAAUUUUCCUACACCAGAAUUAACACAAACUCUCGAUUUUGAUUCAUCAACUUCUACACUUUCCCUACCGGAGUCGUUACGAGAAGUAUUUGGCUGCGAUGAUAUACGAGAUAUUUUAAAAUUGGAUAAAGUUAUAUUUCGUAUGCAAGUUUUACACUUACAAACUUUAGCAUAUGUGUUAAAUAUUCAAUAUGAUUACUUAAUUAAUUUGGUGGAGAAGAUAAUGAAACUGGAUACUGAAACAUUGAAAAAAGUAGCUUUUGCGUUUCAGCCUGAAGCUGUAUCAACGAAGUGUCCAACUAUAAAUAUCGAAGAAAAAUUCAUAUUAUUAGACUAAAAAUAAUAACUGAAAAGCUUCCAAAAUUAAAGAAAUAAACACACUUCUGUAUAUAAUAUGGCAAUCGUACGUUAUUCUCAAAAAUUUGAACACAUAUACGCGGCUGAAGUGAAACUUCGUCAUAUUAUCCGUUCAAGUCACCAUAUUUUAUAUGCGUAUUUUUCUGAACAAUAAUGAAUAACUAUCUUAAACUUAAUCAUGCCUAUUACGGUAUCCGAUGGAUGCCAUCCGCAUGGAUCUGAAAUAUAUAUACGUAAGUAAUUAAAAUGCAUCUAAACUAUAAAAAAUACUAAAAAUUAAAUCCAAAUACCAAAGCCAACCCAGUAUACGAUCAUUUCUAUGAUGAAUUUUUUAUUAGUACAAAAUCUCACAAAAGGAUAUUUGUGCAACAUGGUGUAUGGGCAACGCAUUUUUUUAUUACUGUUAAAAGCGUUACUUCAUGAACAAAAGUGUUGAAAAUGCUAAAAAGUUGUAAGACACUUAAAAUUUUUAUCAAUAUUCCGUUGCCCGUUUUGCACAAAAAGGAGAAAAGUGCUUCAAUAUUCCUGGUAAUGUCAUUUUACACUACAAUCUUGAAAAAUGGGACUAACCAGCAUUUUAAAAUCGUGGGGAAACAUCCACCUAAGCACUGUUCAAGGCAACAACCACCUCUUCACAUGACUACUCAACCCAACUCAACUAAGACUUCCUAUCCCCUACCUUUAAUUAAACUUGACGACAACGAUUGAAGGAUUAUUCCAUUCUAGGCAGGUUUAAAUAGCCCCUACAACAUUAUUAACGGCCGCUUUAGCGGUGUGUUUAGAGGUGCCAGCAAAUUCUAAAAUUAGAGAAAGUCUAGAAGAUCGGCCAAACGCUUAUUGAAAGUGUAGGCGCCAAAUAUUAUAUUUUUUAUUUAAGUAAUGCAAAUAAUCUUUUAUUGUUUGGUACAUUUGCUAUUUAUUCCUCAAAGAACUUACCUUGACUUUCAUUUGCAGCUGAUCGUGAUCACCAGCUGGCAUAAAUGGCAAUAGGUUCGUCGAAAAUCUAGCAUGAAUUAUCCAACACUCAAAAUCCGAAAUAUCAGAGAGUAAGAAAAAAUUGUCUCAAAUUCUAUCUCAUAAUGAGAAACUUGCAAAUUUCUACACGAACGCAAAUUUGCAGGAAUUUGCUAGUUUCCCUGCCA